GUACUUUCAUUAAAAAAGUUAUGGGUCCCACAAUUAAGAAAAUGGAUGUUACUUCAUUUUCACGAUACUGUCAUUAUAAUGGCCUUUAUCUGGAAGUUUUUCUAUGCGUUAUUUGCAUUGCUGCUUCUGUUACAUACGAGUUUCAGUUUGGCUGAAGGAGCAAAGUGCGUAGAGAAUGAGAGAAAAGCUUUACUCUUAUUCAAACAAGGAAUCGUGCAAGACGACUCUGGAAUGUUAUCAACAUGGAGAGAUGGAGAUCAUGAAGACUGCUGCAACUGGAAAGGAGUUUAUUGUAGUAAUGAAACAGGUCACAUUCAAUUCCUUAAUCUUCGCAGUUCAUUUCCUUUGAGUGGUAAAAUUAAUAUUACUUCAUUGAGUGAAUUCCAUGACAUGGAAUAUUUGGAUCUCAGUGGCAAUGAUUUCUACCCAAGUGAAAUCCCAGAGUCCAUAGAGUCCUUUACCAAAUUGGUUGGAGAUCUCCCUUGGACGAUUGGAAACCUUUCAAAGCUGCAACAUCUCUAUCUUGGAUCUAAUUCUAUUGGUGGAGUAAUCCCUUUCCAGCUCGGAAAUCUUUCCAUGUUGCGAACAUUACAGCUUGGCGGUAAUUCUAAUCUCACAUUUGAUCAGCAGAGCAAUCAUGAUGCAAAGUGGCUAUCUGAGCUUUCUUCGCUAUCAAGUCUUGACUUGAGUUCUGUGAGUGACGUUGGCUAUUCUCAUCUCUGGCUACAAUUGAUUGGUGAACUGUCAAAACUUAGAGUUUUGCGACUAAGUGGAUAUGGCAUUUCUUAUACCCAUAAUCCUUCUUUGACUUCUUAUCCUUCAAAUUAUUCCUCUUCUCUUGUUAUCCUUGAUCUCUCUGGAAAUAACUUGAACUCAGCAUCAUUUCAAUGGCCCUUCAAUUUGAGCUCCAACCUUCGAGAGCUAUACCUACGUGAUUGUAAUCUUUCAAGUACUGAUCUUCAUUUUACAUUUUCCAAUUUUCAGCUUUCUUCUCUCAUCGUCCUUGACCUUUCUUACAAUAACCUGAUGUCACUAACAGCACUGAACUUCGGCUCCAAUCUACAAGUGCUUAAUUUGCAAACUUGUAGCCUUUUAUCUGAUAAUCUCAUUUUUACAGCUUUCAAUCCCAAUCUCACUUCUCUUGUCCAGCUUGAUUUCUCUUAUAAUUUAUUGACAUCAUCAUCCACAUUCCAUUGGAUUUCUAACUUCACCUUUAAUCUUCGUGAGAUUCAACUUCUUGAAAACUUGCUGGAGGGUCCCAUUCCAAAAGGUUUUGGAAACAUAAUGAACUCUCUAGAAGUCCUUGAUCUCUCUGGAAAUAAGCUAUGUGGUGAAAUACCAACAUCACUUGGGAAUAUAUGCACUUUGAAGCACUUAUAUCUUUCACACAAUAACUUUAGUGGGGAGCUUUCAAAUGGAAACAAUUUAGGAGGUGUAAUAACUGAAUCUCAUUUCAACAAGCUCUCUAAUUUGAAGGGGUUAUCACUGUCUGGCAAUUCAUUAGCCCUGCAAAUUAGCACUAGAUGGAUUGCCCCAUUUCAGUUGGAAGAUUUGGAAAUGGCUUCUUGUUUCAUACCAGAAUGGUUUUGGCCACUGAUAAAAUAUGCGGUUUCCAUGAACAUCUCAUAUAACAAUUUUGUUGGUGAAAUUCCAAAUUUAUCAUUGAAGCUCAGUACUGGAGCAAUAUAUUUGACAUCAAACAACUUUGAAGGUGCAGUUCCAUCAUUUUUUUCACGGGGUAAAGAUGACUUGUUCAAGAGGCUAGAACAACUUCUUAAAAGCAUUGAUCUAUCUAGCAAUGCUCUCACUGGUGAAAUACCCAAAGAAGUUGUAUCUUUAUUGGGAUUGGUUUCUUUGAAUCUAUCGAGAAACAAAUUAAGUGGAAAAAUUCCUCCUAAGAUUGGAAACCUAGGAUCAUUAGAAUUCUUAGAUUUGUCAAGAAAUAGAUUAUCAGGUCCAAUCCCUCAAAGUCUUGCUCAUAUUGAUCGCCUUAGUGUGUUAGACUUGUCAAACAAUCAUCUUUCCGAAAAUAUCCCAAAAGGCACACAAUUGCAGAGUUUUAAUGCCACAAGUUAUGAGGGAAAUCUUGAUCUCUGUGGAGCGCCACUUAACAAAAAGUGUCUUGAUGAUGAUGAAACACCCUCACCUCAAACAUCUAAUCAUUAUGAAGAUGAUGAUGACGACUCAUAUUUCACUCAGGACUUUUACUUGAGCUUGGGAUUGGGAUUUGCUUUUGGAUUUUGGGCCUUCCUUGGACCAUUGCUCUUCAAUCGCACUUGGAGACAAACCUAUUAUACAUUUGUAAGAAGAGUUACAGAUAGAGUCCAGAUCUUGAUGGCCAUUUAUGUGUCAAGGUACCUCACGAACAGAUAG